GCGCCCCAUCCGCCACGCCCCGGCGCCUCCCAGCUCCCCCGCCCCCCGGCCCGGCGGAUGGCUGUAAGCGCAUGCGCCACGCGGGGAAGAUGGCGGCCUCCAUGCUGGGCUGGGCGCUGCGGGCUGCUCGGCAGGUCAGGCCCGUCGGGCGGCAGCGCCCGGCUCGGGGACUCCCCGGGACUCGCGCUGGGGCUGAUAUUCCCCUUGCCCUGUAGAGGGCAAGUGCGGGGUUACUACGUGAACUGGAGGAUGCUGCGUGAUGUAAAGAGACGGAAGAUGGCUUAUGAAUAUGCAGAUGAGAGGUUGCGGAUCAAUGCUCUCCGAAAAAACAACAUCCUGCCUAAAGAGCUGCAGGAAAUAGCUGAUAAAGAGAUUGCUGCCCUGCCACGUGACAGCUGCCCUGUGAGGAUCCGGAAUAGAUGUGUCCUGACAUCCCGUCCACGAGGCGUGAAGCGGCGCUGGAGGCUUAGUCGAAUUGUUUUCCGCCACCUGGCUGACCACUGUCAGAUGUCUGGGAUACAGAGAGCUAUGUGGUAAAUCACCACAAGGACUUGUUUUCUCAGUCAAAAAGAGGCAGACUGGGCCCAGUUCAUGCACUCCUGUAACUGAAAAAGCAAGACUAUCCUUUUGUUUAAAGUCCAGCAUAAACAUACCAGAAACAAAUGGGGGGGAGAUAGGGAGGUAUGCAAACAGCAGUCAUUGCAGUUCUGUCACUGGGAUACCACUGUGAAGGGACUACUGCAAAUCUGAUGGCAAAGAGAUAUGGGUAGGGGCAAGUAGGAAUGCACCAAGCCAGGCUGUGCUAGAGGCCGUUUUAUUUUGCCAUGAAGAGUUGCUACCCUGUUAUAAAACCAAGCUGGGAUUUGUAAUUAAAAGGAACUUCUAAAUUAAAAACACAUUACAGUACAAGA